UGUUAUCACUGUUAUGAUAAAUGGCUAUAUUAUGUUUUCAUGGGCUAUGGCGUCCCAAUGAUAACGAGGUCUCUAAUCCCUAACAAACAACCGAUCCUCGUUCGUUUUAAAUAUUGUUGACUGCAUUUUCACCAAGAAAUUGCAUUUUACUGCCACCGCGUUUUUUUCAUUACAGACUUCAACACCGUUUGUCUAUUAACCAAUUUAUAUACACACAUCAGAAAUGUCGAUAUUGGAAGAAGACACCUCUGAACACUAUAUUUUUCUUAAGGUUUGUGGCGCAUCUGAUAAUGCUUUACCUAUUAGAUAUUUCAAAAUGAAGAAACAUAUUCGUUUAAGAACGCUUAUGAGAAUUUAUUGUGAAGAAGCUGGUUUUCCUAACCCGGAUGAAGCAAUAUUCCAAACUUCUGCCGGUCGUAUUUGUGAAGAUGAUACUCCUACAUCACUCCAGUUGGAACAAGGUGAUACCAUUUACGUCAUUGAAUCGCCAAAUCUCCCUCUCCAGGAUUUGAUUUAGAAACUGUAAGAUUUAUGUAUACUGGUAUAUUAAUUUCACCACAUUGUACCUUUGAAACUUAUGGAAUUGAAGACGGGCGGAUUAUUUGUUUUCAAUCCCCUAAUUUUGAAUAUCAAUGAUUAUAAUUUCUUGAAUCUUAAAUAAAUAAAAAUUGCAUUUA